GAGAUUUGUUAGAGAGGAUGUCGGGAAACGAUGACGCUAAGACAGCUAAAAUAGAGGUGUGGUGGGACAUGAGGGACUGUCCGAUUCCGGAGGGGUAUGAUGCUCGUCGGGUGCGUCCAAGUAUAGAAAGGGCGUUCAAAAAACUAGGCUACACUGGUCGUGUCUCCAUCACUGCCUAUGGCGACCAAAACCAAACCCCUUGCCACGUCCUGCGAGGGCUGUCUUCCACUGGAGUCGCUGUUGUACAAACCAUAUCAGAUAGCACGCGCUCAGUCAUGUAUCGGGAUAUGGUGGAAUGGCGAGGUCAUAACCCUCCUCCGGCUACAAUAGUGAUCAUAUCCGAUCAGGUGGAAGGUGAAUUCUCCUGGGAUCUGGCCCGCCUACAACAGCGCACUAGAUACCACCUUUUUCUGGCUUAUUCAAUUAAGAGAUGUAAGGACUUAUUCCUGCUCUAUAAAGCAAAUUGGCGCUGGGAGAAAUUACUAGAAGAAGAAGAAGAAGGAGGCACACCAGCGGGUGGUUUAUCAUCUGCUGCCGUGUUUUAUUGCAAAUCGUGUAAUUUCAAUUGCCAAAGCCUGAAGACAUUCCGGAAGCAUCUCUCGAGUUAUAAGCAUGGACUGGAAGAGGCUAUAAAUUCUCCGGACUCACGACUGUCAUGUGUAACGAAGACUUGGGCAAAGAACUACCCGGCCACGCCUGAACACGCCACCGCUAAAAUACAUGUGUUGUGGGACAUGAAUGACUGCCCUAUUCCUGAGGGAUAUGAUGCUUGUCGUGUCCGUCCAAGUAUAGAAAGUGCGUUCAAGGAACUAGGCUACACUGGUCCUAUCUCCAUCACUGCCUUUGCCGACCAAAAACAAAUCCCUGAUCACCACCUUCUUGCGCUCUCUUCCACUGGUGUCGUUUUGCUCAUACCCUCUUUCCCUGGGACUUACACAGUCGCAUGAUUACAGAAUUUGAGGAAUGGACAAAAGAUAAUCCUGCUCCGGCUUCAAUUAUGAUCAUAUCGGAUGAACUGGCUUUGAGAAAGUCCCAUUCAUCACUUAUUUGCCGGAAACUACAAGAGAGUAACUACAACUGUUUUUUGGCUUAUUCAGUUAGGCCUUUUGAAAUGCCAGUCCUGCUCACUUCUGCUGAGUGGCUCUGGAAAAGCUUACUUUCAGGUGCUUGUUUCUUGUUUGUUCUCUCAUGUGUAACGAAGACUUGGGCAAGGAACUACCCGGCCACGCCUGAACACGCCACCGCUGAAAUACAUGUGUGGUGGGACAUGAAGGACUGCCCGAUUCCCGAGGGGUAUGAUGCUCGUAGGGUCCUUCCAAGUAUAGAAAGCGCGUUCAAGGAAAUAGGCUACUCGGGUCCUGUCUCCAUCACUGCCUUU